AUGGUUGGAGAUGAACAAUUCAAUGGUGAGAAAUUUCAAGGUGAUUUGAAACAAAUUUUAAAUGAGAAGAGGGGACUAGAAAACAUAGAUCAAAGUAUUGAUAAUAAUACUCGAGUUGCAGAUGCAAAUAAUAAUGAAAUAGCAAUGGUGGAAGCCAUUAAAAAUAAUGGAGAUCGAGUAGUUGAAACUUGUGUUCAAGAUGAUACUUUGGUUUUGGGUGCAAAUGAUGGUGUUACUAGUGAUUCGGUGGUUCCUGUGAUUAAUUUGGAGUCUGAUCUAGCUUUGAAUCCUAAACUACCUACUGCUGGUGUUUUAUCUGGGAAAGAUCCUAGUUUGGCUACGAUUGAAGAUUCUUGCCAGACUAAUAAGGUGCAGCAAUGUGAAGAGAAUUUGGAUCAAAUUGUUGAAUCUGCAGGUGGUACAUAUGAUCAUGACUUCACUUUGAAGGACAAUGAUGAAGGAGGCUGGACUGAAGUACCAAGCAAAACAUUUUCUCCAGGUAACACCAAACUACAACAACUAGAUUGCACUAACCCACCACGCAAGGAGCAAACGAUAAAUUGUGAAGAUGAAGUAUCAAAGAAAAUUGUGUGCUCUAAUAUCUUUGAUGCCCUAAUGAUCAAUUUUGAUCAAGAGCUCUAUGUUUUGUCCACUCCAAUUCUUCAAGUUUCUAAUCUAGAAACUACUAGAAUAAUCAAAGAGUCACAUGCCACAAUGUUGAAUAAAGAAAACCCAAUGAGCAAACCACAUAUACAGUCAAUCUCCAAAAGGAAUGAUACGAGUUUGGUGAAGGAAACAAGUGAUUCUAGAUGGGCAGAUUUAGUUGAGGAAGAGGAGCAUGCACUUGCAAGGAGUAAGUUAAGUCCUCAAGCACCCAUAUUUGUGCCUUCAAGUAAGGAAAAUCCAUCUAUGACAGUGACAAUUGAUAAGUCCAAAAAGAUCUUAACCAUUACCACCAAGGUAUUGGAAAAAAGCCAUGAGCCAGAAGCUGAAGUUUCAAGACUUAGUCCAACUACAACUUAUGAUAGUGACUUAGGCAGUGAAAUGUUUGACGAGGAUGAUAUGCUAGACAUAUUAUUUGAUAAGGUAGCCAAGGUUGGAGAUCUCUUGCCCAGGCAACAAAGAAGUGGAAGCAACAAAAACAAAAAGAAGACACAUGAAAGGCAACAUAGUUGGGAUGGUAAGGUGACUAAAGAAUUUAUUCUAAGGCACCUACCAAUGCGACUAGCAAAGCAAAAUCAUAUGACAGUUUCAACAACAACACGAUACAGUAAAUCCAAAAAGAAAUGA